GCCGUAGAUGGGUAUUUUGCAGAGCUUUCGGUAAGUAUGGCAUAAAAUUAUUGGAGGAUUAUUGGAAUAAGCCAAUAUUUAAGUAAUAUCUUUUACUACAGCAAUAUAAACGGAGGUCAAUUGUUAAGAAGUCUAACAUAAACAUUAUUAUAACUACCUUUUAGGACGACCCUAAUUAACACCAGUAUAAAUUUCGGAAGUACAUGCUUGUGUUGAACGUUGUUUUUGUCUUUAUAUUUUUUAUUAUAUGUGAGGCUCUCUUGAGCAUUAUUUUAGAAUCUUACUAUCAACAAAUCAAAUGUGUGUUGCUCUCAAGAGAACUUUUCUGCAGCGACAUAUCAGUUCACAAAGCUCUACCAAAUUUUCAAGCAUUUUAUAUCUAUGCAUAAACAUAUGGUAUAUAGAUUAGUAUGAGCAAUAGAUGCAGCGGUCGUGAAGUGCAGUCCCACAAUUAAUACGCUAUAUAAAUGCUAACGCAAAGCUUAUUUCGAAUAGUUCUAAAAAGUGCGCCGAUCGUGGUAAAUCACACUCUGCUAACGGUUCAAAUUUGUUAGAAAAUAUUUUGUUGUUUUGUGAAAAGAGUGAAGAAAGACAACGUGAAAAGAUGUCUACGGCAGGUGUGGUGAAUGGUAAACAACAAACGGAUACGCGUAAAAACGCGCCAGACGGCGGUAAGCCAAGAGCUAAUGAGGCGGCAAAUGCUGCGCGUCAAAUCCCUGAUUGGCUGAAAGCGGACCUAUUUGUAGAACUGCUGCAGAAAAACAUACCAAAUUUUAAGUGCAUUAAAAAUUUCAAGGUGCGACCAGCACAAGCUGCUGGCGAAAAUUAUGCCACACUCAUGGGCUUAGUGAGUAUUGACGUAGAGCUGGAGUAUGGUAAUUCAAAGCAGGUAUCAUAUAUGAUAAAGUUACCCAUCGAAUCCAUACAAAAACUAUUCGCCAGUCAUAAUAUAUUUGAUACGGAACGCAGCAUGUACAUUGAUGUGAUACCGGAGUUGGAGCAAAUGUAUAGUGAAGCGGGUGUUGAGGUGAAGUUUUCACCACAAUAUUAUGAUAUAGAGACGCCAUCAGAAUACGGCGUUAUACUCAUGGAGGAUUUACGUCCGCGUGGUUUCAAAAAUGCCAACCGCUUUGAGGGUUUCGACAUGGAACACACAAUGAAUACACUGAAGAAGUUGGCACAAUGGCAUGCCGCUACAGCGGUGCGUUUUGAGACCAAAGGAAAAUAUCCCGAUAUUGUAACUGUUGGCAUUUACAGCGAAGAGCUCAUUGUCGCGUUGGAAAAUUUGGAUAAAACUGCGCCAAAUGCGUUCUAUGAGAGUGUACCCUUAUAUGAAGGCAGUGAGUUGUAUAUGGAGAGUUUGGAAAAAUAUCGUAGAAGCUUUUUUAAUGACUUCCGCUUAGUAAUGAAAAUUGAUUCGAAUGAAUUUAAUGUUUUAAAUCAUGGCGAUUUCUGGGCCAACAAUAUUAUGUUUCAAUAUGAUGCUUUCGGUAAAAUUAAGGAAACAUAUUUCGUCGAUUUUCAGUGUGCGCGUUAUGGUUCACCGGUGAAUGAUUUGUAUUGUUUCCUCAUAUCUUCCACCAGUCUUGAUGUGAAGUUGAAACACUUCGAUUACUUUAUUAAGUACUAUCAUGACAAUUUGAUUGAGUGCUUGAAACUGCUGAAAUAUGCAAAGAAAUUACCAACCUUGAAGGAUGUCCAGAUAGCGCUUCAUAAGUACGCCGCAUGGGCUCUAUAUGAGCUUAUGGGCCAUAUGUCGAUUGUGCUAGUCGAUCCGUCGGAAGCUGCUGAUGUUAAUAAUUUAAUGGGUAAUACGCCUGAGGGCGAAGAAUUUAAAAAGUCUAUGUUUAGAAAUGACCGAUUUCGUAAACACGCCGAAGCCUUAUUGCCAUGGCUCUACAACCGUGGUGUAUUUUAAUGUUAAAUCGGUCACUUAUUGUUUAUAAUAUAUGUACAUAAAUGUAAUGGUAUUAAUUGUUUAAUAAAUAUAUAAGUUAUACUAUGUAAUGAUA